AAGGUCAAAGUGAAAGUAGAGAUUAGAGUUCCGAAUGAAAAGCCUCGAUUUAGAAUACACCGGGAUAUUUUCCCGCCACCGUUUGUUGUUUUGUACUGUGGCUUUCGCAAAUAUAUUUUUGUUUGUCAAUAAUGUGGAUCCAAGUUCGCAGUUUCGAUGGGAGGACGAGUCUUCAAGUUGAUGAUUUGUCUAAAUUGACUAAGAUUGAAGAUCUCAGGUUGCGUCUUGUGGAAAAGUUUGAAGCUCCGCCAGAACGCCAAAGGCUUUUCUACAGGGGAAAACAGCUUGAAGAUGGACACACCUUAUUUGAUUACAGUGUAGGUCUGAAUGACUUGGUACAAUUGAUGGUAAGGGCAGCAGAUGUCAAACCAAUUGAAGAUGAAGAGAAGAAAGUUAAUGGCUAUGCUAGCAGUGACAAUGAAAGUUCUAAAUCAGAUAAAGAAAAUCAGAGACCAGAGCCUGUGGAUAAAAUAACAGAAAAAGCUGGUGAUAACACAGAUGCAAGCACAUAUAAGGUUGGAGAUGUAAUUGAUGCAAGAGAUUUCUCAGUUGGUGCUUGGUUUGAGGCAAAACUUGUCAAAGUAGUUAAAGAAGACAAUCCAAAGAUUAAGGAUGAAAAUUCCAAUGACAGUGGUGUGGAUUCUAUGGAAACAGAUAGCCAAGAUAAAACAAAAGCUAUCAAAGAACGCCAUAAUAUAGACAAUACUCCAUCUGAUGGAUUUGUGUAUCAUGUAGUAUUUGAAGGGUAUGAUGACAAUGACCCUGAAAAGCUUAUGUGUAAAGACCUCAGACCAAGAGCAAGAACAAAUGUUCCUUUUAAAGAAAUAAAUGAGGGUCAAAAGGUUAUGGCUAAUUUUAAUGUGGAUGAUCCAGAACAACGAGGGUUUUGGUACGACUGCAUUAUAACAAAGAAACAAGACACAAGAACAAUCAAAGAUCUAUUUGCCACUGUAUUUAUAGGUCCCGAUUUGAUGCCAUUAGAUGACUGUAAGUUGCUAUUUGUUAAUGAAAUAUUUGAUGUUGAAAUGCCUGGUACCCAAUUGAAUGAAUAUGAUACACCAGUGGAGCAGUCAGCAUCUCCUGUUAAACGAAAAAACAAGCCAGACUGUGACCAUUGUUUAGACAAUCCUCGUAAGAAAUGUAAACAUUGUGCCUGCUGUGAAUGUGGAGGUAAACAAGACCCUGAUAAACAGAUACUCUGUGAUGAAUGUGAUCAGGCCUAUCAUCUAGCAUGUCUAAAGCCACCUCUGACAAGUAUACCAGAAGAUGAUGAAUGGUAUUGUCCAGAUUGCAAAACAGAUACUAAUGCUAUUGUUAAAGCUGGAGAAAAGUUGAAAGAAAGUAAAAAGAAAUCAAAGAUGGCGUCACAACAGAACAAAAAUACUACAAGGGAUUGGGGCAAAGGUAUGGCAUGUGUAGGUAGACAGAAAGUUUGUUCUGUUGUUCCCCCAAAUCAUUUUGGGCCUAUUCCUGGUAUAGAAGUGGGUACAUUAUGGAAAUUCAGAGUUCAGGUGAGUGAAGCUGGAGUACACAGACCACAUGUUGCUGGUAUCCAUGGGAGGGAAGAUGAAGGAUCAUACUCUAUUGUAUUGUCAGGUGGUUAUGAAGAUGACAAGGAUGAUGGUGAUGAAUUUACAUAUACAGGAAGUGGAGGCAGAGACUUGUCUGGUAAUAAAAGAACAGCAGAACAAUCAUGUGAUCAACAGCUAACUAGAAUGAACAAGGCUCUUGCUAAGAAUGUGAAUGCUCCUAUCGAUGCUAAGAAUGGAUCAUGUGCAGAGAACUGGAAGGGAGGUAAACCUACAAGAGUUAUUAGAAACUGUAAAGGCAGGAAACAUUCUAAGUAUGCUCCAGAAGAAGGAAACAGAUAUGAUGGUAUUUAUAAGAUAGUUAAGUAUUGGCCAGAGAAAGGGAAGUCAGGUUUUCUAGUGUGGCGAUAUCUUCUACGAAGGGAUGAUCCCAAUCCAGCACCUUGGACCAAAGCAGGAAAGAAAAAGAUUGACCAACUUGGUCUUGCUAUGCAGUAUCCAGAUGGUUACUUAGAGGCUCAAGCAAAGAAAGAAGAGGAAGCAGAGAAUAAUGCAAAGAAUGGAACAAAAAGUACAAAGAAAGGGAAAAGGAAGAGAGAUGAGAAUGAUUCUUCGCCAAGUGUAUCUCCAGAAAAGAAGAAAAAAAUAGUGGGAUAUAAAAUAGACUCUGAACAACUCCAAUUGAUAAAAGAGGAUGUUGACAACAAAAACGUAUGGGAGGAGGCUCAGAAGUUCACUAAAGAAGGUGGACAGAAAUUUCUACAGAAAGUUGAAGAAUUGUUUACAUGUAUUUGCUGUCAAGAAAUAGUUUUUAAACCUGUUACAACAGAAUGUAAACACAAUAUCUGUAAGCCCUGUUUAGUAAGAUCUUUUAAAGCAGAGGUGUUCAACUGUCCAAUGUGCAGAGCAGAUCUAGGAAAAAAUAAUAAUCCACCUAUGAACAAGACAUUAUCACAAAUAUUGCUCAAGUUUUAUCCAGGAUAUGACAAUGGCAGGUCAUGAACACAAAAAUACAUUUUGUCAGAUUUUAUAAAUCUAAUUUCAGUCUCAGGAAAUAUACUGUAAGCAGCCACAAUUAAUAUUUUUUGGCAGAUAUAGUGCUAAGAAAAUUGCAAGUGUGUACUGGCUAUUCAAAUUAAUAUUUCCACAGGGGAAUAUUUUUAGAACCCCUGCAAAAAAUUCUAACUAUUCGUACAUAAAAUUUGAAACCAUGCAUGCUACAAGUAACUAUUGAAUCUGGCCUCCCAAGUAGAUUGAUAUAUGUUUGUUAAUGGAGAAUUGAAUGAAUUAAAUCAUGAUCUUAAAAGGAUAAAAUUCUAUAGUUAAUAGAUGGAUGGGAAUCAGUUUAUAUAUCUGUGUAUUGAACCAGAUAAAAAGAAAAUUACAUUGUACCUAAUUUAUAACCAAUGUUCAAUGAAACCUGAUUAGUGUGUCUAAGACACUGAAUCAGUUAGUAUGGUUACUAAUUUAUGUUUGACUGUGAUGCAAUCUUUUAAAGAAAGAACAGGUUGAUCAACUUUCAGAACAUGUAAUGUUAUAAAUGUUUGGUCAGUAAGACUUGUACAUCAUUCCAAUCAAUCUUUCCAUAUGAUAUUUUCCACAGCCAACGAAAAUCUCAUGAUUUUUUAUUGCACAACCACACAUCAUUGUUUGAAAAGAUUUAAAACACUUUCUAAGACAAACGAUUUAGGUUUGUUUUGGUUUGUAAACAAUGAAAUUGUCUAUUUUUCUGAACAUGUAAAAUGAAAAACCAGUAAUUGUUUACAUGUAUGUAUUUUCAAAAUGUUUCUUUCAUAAUAUUGUUCCAAAGCUCAGUAUCAUUAGUUCAAUGUAAAAAAACAUAAUCUAAAAUCCAUCCCUGUCUACUGAUGUAAGGGCUAUUCCAGAAAAAAUGUACGGUGGGUGGAAGGCAGUUUUUGUCAGCACCCGCCACCCAAACAAUUGUAAUUAAGAAUUGUAGUGCAUUAUAGUGUGAAAAGUUGCUCUGAUACCCAUCACCCAUGUAUUAUUAAUACAAUGUGCCUUCCAACCACCCCCCAUACAUUCUUUUCUGGAAUAGCCCUUAUAUGGAUAACAACAGAAUAUUUAUGUAAAACUAACCUCUCUAAAUGAUUUGGUUCACAAUAUGAAAUGUAAUAACUGGGAGUGAUUUAAAUAAUUGUUUUAAUUUUUAUUGUCAUUUUUAUCACAACCUGAUUUAAACAUAUUAAAUUUUUAGAUAUAUAUGAUAUAUAAUUUUAAUUAAGAUGUAAAUAUUGAUCAAAUUUAUUACCAUGUAUUGAAUAAAAAUGAUAUUGCAA